AUGCUUCGGCAUCCUUCGGCAACCUUCGGUACGCCGCCCUGCGGGGCGAGGGGAGGCAUCCGCCAUUUGCAUCAUUUGACUCACACAACACAAUCGAGUGACCAACACAUGAAACAUAAUGCGUGGGAGCAAAUCGCCAAAGAACUCAAUAAAACACCUCAAGAAUGUCUCAAGAUGUGGACGAAUAUCAGAAACAACUAUCGAAAAGCGAUGAAAAAUAGAAUAAGCAAAAGUGGUGAUUCUGCAAAGCCACAAAGGCUUAUAAAACACGAAAGAGAACUCCAAUUCUUGAAUACAUAUUUACAAAAUAGAGCGCAGGUAUCUAAUUUAGAUUCUUCUUCCGAGGAGACACAAGAUUCUUUCUUGGAUUCUCUUGAAUCACGGCCACAAUCACAAAUGUCACAUUCAGAUUCUCAAAAGUCGCGUCCUCGAUCACAAAACAUAACCACAGCUGAGAUAUUAAAAGAAUAUAUAGAUUCUAAAAAUAACGAAGAUGAACAUCCUAUAGAUAUAUUUUUUAAAUCAAUGUCUGCUACGGUAAAAUCUUUACCGAAAAAGUUGCAACUUCAAGUAAAAAGAGAUGUAUUGCUUCUUGUUAAUAAGGCAGAAAUCGAAUAUUCAGAACUAUCAGAAGCACGCAAGAAUAUUGAAACUACAAGAUCUAUUUAUGAACCAUCCACAUCGAAACAAAAACCUCCCGUUAAUCAAUCAAACUACACCAUGGACGAUUUUUCUUAUUACACACCCCAAGCAACAUCCGUAAAUAACGAAGACAACAUACAAUCAACAUUGACAUAUACUCCGACACCCAUACUUAGAGGCCAAGACGAAAACAUUGAAACCAGUGCUUACCAGAAUAUUGAAACCAAUGAUUACCAGAAUAUUGAAACCAAUGAUUACCAGAAUUUGUAA